UUAGUUGGGUAACUACACUGAGUAAGACCCUGAAAAAACCUGAGUUAUGCUGAGGUAAGAGGAGGAGGAAGAGGAGGAGAAGGAUCCAGAAUGUGGUGAAGGGGCACUGAAGUUAAACUCUGGAGGGAGUGGAGUCGCUGAAGGAAAGAUUCGAGUAGUUUCCUUCCCCGGUGCAGACAUACUCAAGUUCAAAAUUGUACUUUUAAAGACAUUCUUUUUAAUAGUCCAGCAAAGGAGAGAUGAGGCUACCUGGACCACUUCAAAGGCCAGGUUUUGGCAGCGUUUGUCUGCCCUUCUUUAAGAACGCAGAAGGCUUUCUGGCUGUUUACGCUCAGGGGGGACUGAGGAAACCCAGCUGUCCCGCUCUCACAGCGCGGGCCGUGUUCACGGCGGUUGUGAGAGACGGCGUGUGAGCGUCAGCGCGACGUACAGGAAGCGCGCGGGAUGAAGACUGGGCCGGUCCCGGGACAGGAGCUGCAGCUAGGGGGGCGAACCCCGACUCGUUUCCUGCCCGUUCGGACGCUGGCGGACGACCUGAUCCCGCGUCUCAUUCACACCCUUCCUGAAGCCAGAGCUAAUGAAAAGGGGCGAGGACUGGGCGCAGCGAAGAGUCUACGAGCUUCACCCCUGACCCGACGGAGAGACAUUUUCAGGGGCACGGAGAGGUUUUGGCGAGAGGGACGGCCAUGGAGGGUGACUGCCUCAGCUGCAUCAAGUACCUGAUGUUCGUCUUCAACUUCUUCAUCUUUCUGGGCGGCUCCUUCCUGCUGGGGGUGGGUAUCUGGGUGCUGGUGGACCCCACCGGCUUUCGGGAGAUUGUGGCCGCGAACCCCCUCCUCUUCACGGGCGCUUACAUCAUCCUGGCGCUGGGGGGCAUGCUGUUCCUGCUGGGCUUCCUGGGCUGCUGCGGGGCCAUCCGCGAGAACAAGUGCCUCCUGCUGUUUUUCUUCAUGCUCAUCCUCAUCAUUUUCCUGGCAGAGCUUGCCGCCGCGAUCCUGGCCUUCAUAUUCCGGGAGCAUCUGACCAGAGAGUACUUCACCCACGAGCUCAAGAGGAAGUACCAGGGCUACAAUAACACCGACGUGUUCACCUCCACGUGGAACGCCAUCAUGACCACGUUCGGAUGCUGUGGGGUGAACAGCCCGGAGGACUUCGAGGACAGCCUCUUCAGGCUCAUGAACCCGAACGAUGUGGUGCCGGAGGCCUGUUGCCAGAGGAACGAUCACCCUGGAGACGGAGCCCACAUCAGCCGGGAGGAGUGUCUCAUGGGCAGCAUGCUGUUCCGCAACAACAAGGGUUGCUACUCAGCGGUGGUGGACUACUUUGAGACGUACAUCUAUUUGGCCGGAGCCCUGGCCAUUGUGGUGCUGACAAUUGAACUCUUCGCCAUGGUGUUCGCGAUGUGCUUGUUCAGAGGGAUCCAGUAGAAUGGCCGCCCUGUACAGGAGGACUUUUCAAAAGGGAAAUUGUGGUAAACGGAAAAAAAAAAACAACAAUUCUUGUAAAAUAUGAAGGAGACAUCUUUAAUGUUGUUCUUUUUUAAUAAAGACAAAUUGGAAAAGAAAAAAAA